UCUCUGUCUGCUCAACCCAGGCUGUGCGGAGCUCCCUGCGGGAUCAGAGCGCUCCCCCGCCGGGACCCUACUCUCACAUCCUCCUGCUGGGACACGGCUACAUUUCCAGCCAAGCCUGGCUUUAUUAUGUGUGUCUGCGCUGCAGCCCCGCCAGCAGUCGGAUCGGGAGGCGGAGGGAGGACCAGAGUCAGGACAAAGAAAAAGGGAGAAAGAGGCUAGCGACCGCAAACAUUUCACUGUUUAUAGGCAUUAAAAAUAGUGGAGAUAUAAAUACGGGAAUUCCCUAAGGGGUGAACACGCUGGGUAAGGUUGUAUUGCCCAUGCCACCUUCUGUAAAAUAACGGACGCAAGAAGGGUCGCAGUGUUCACAAGAAUCGCGGAGAAAAGAGACUUCUAGUUCCGAUAACGGCACCAAAAAUCUCAAGACGAAGACAGGAGAAUACAAGGAAAAACGGCAAGAUUGAUUCAACGUAAUUCUUAUCAAGAUAAUCACAUUAUUGGGACCUAUUGACACCUUCCGUAGUACCGACCAGGUGUUGCCGCAUGGCUGUCAAUCCGGCUUCGCCUGCCCCUUGAAACUCGGACUCUGUAGCGAUAAAGUCCCGCUGUCGCUCGCGCGUGAGAGCGCGUCAAAGGAACAAAAGAGCAUAUAGGCGCGCUUUAUGUCAAACGACAAGUUAUUCCUUUAAUUCUACAGGUUGGGUCCAGCCGUUGAAGUAUCUGGGCGCUUUUCACCUCCCACAUAUCUGGACUACUAGCUGUCAGAGACUGAAGUUGCCGCAUUGCAACAGGCAGAAUAAGUGGGGAAAAUAAGAAUUGAAGUAUCCAGCUGUAUGAACGAGAACAAGGCAUACGAGAUCAAUAGGCAAGAUUGAAGCUAAAUAUUGCAAAAUACUGAAGGCCAAUCUACUCGGACAUGUCGAGACGAAAACAGGCUAAACCGCGCUCCGUAAAAGCGGUGGACGAAGGCGAGGCGUCAGAGUGCUGGGACUCAUCUACCAUAGACACAGAUGUCCCUGACAAGGAGGCAGAGUCUAAAGAGCGCCAUGGGAUGGGCUUUGAGGAUGGCGAUCACAGUGUCACCAGCCAUGAUGACCGCAUGGGCGACGACGACCUUGACGACGAGUCAAUAUUCACCUGUGACAACUGCCAGCAGGACUUUGAAUGUCUGGCUGAACUAACCGAGCAUCGCACCAACCACUGCCCUGCAGAUGGCGAUGACGACCCAGGCCUGUCCUGGUUGGCCUCCUCCCCCUCCAGCAAAGACGUGGCGUCUCCCUCCCAGAUGCUGGGCGACGGCUGCUGCGACCUCGGCAUGGCCACCGGGGAGGAGGAGGGCGGCGCCGGCCUGCCGUACCCCUGCCAGUUCUGCGACAAAUCCUUCAGCCGCCUCAGCUACCUGAAGCGCCACGAGCAGAUCCACAGCGACAAGCUGCCCUUCAAGUGCACCUUCUGCAGCCGCCUGUUCAAGCACAAGCGCAGCCGCGACCGCCACGUCAAGCUGCACACCGGCGACAAGAAGUACAGCUGCCAGGAGUGCGAGGCGGCCUUCUCCAGGAGCGACCACCUGAAGAUCCACCUGAAGACCCACAGCUCCAGCAAGCCCUUCAAGUGCAGCGUGUGCAAGCGGGGCUUCUCGUCCACCUCCUCGCUGCAGAGCCACAUGCAGGCGCACCGCAAGAACAAAGAGCACAUGGCCCUGCGCGCCGAGCGCGACCAGGGCAAGCGGGCGGGCAGCGGCGGGGGCAGCGCCAGCGGCGGCGAGAUGGACCAGGACCCGUACAUGUGCGACUACUGCGAGGAGACCUUCAGCGUGACGGACGAGCUGGAGAAGCACGUGCUGACCCGCCACCCUCAGCUGUCGGACCGGGCGGACCUGCAGUGCAUCCACUGCCCCGAGAUCUUCCUGGACGAGGGCACGCUGCUGGCCCACAUCGAGGCCAGCCACGCCAACAGGAAGCACAAGUGCCCCGUGUGUUCGGAGACCUUCCCCUCGGUGGAGGAGGUGUACUGCCACCUGGACAGCCACCGGCAGCCCGACUCCUCCAACCACAGCGCCAGCCCCGACCCCGUGCUGGGGAGCGUGGCGUCCAUGAGCAGCGCCACCCCGGACUCCAGCGCCUCGCUGGAGCGAGGCUCCACCCCCGACUCCACCCUCAAGCCCACCCAGAGCCGCCACAGGCGCAAGCUGGCCCCCUGCUCCUCCGACCUGGACGACGGGGGCUUUCACGCCUGGACGGGGACCAAGGUGACCUACUCCUGCCCCUACUGCUCCAAGAGGGACUUCCACAGCCUGGCCGUGCUGGAGAUCCACCUGAAGACCAUCCACGCCGACAAGCCCCAGCAGAGCCACGCCUGCCAGCUGUGCCUGGACACCCUGCCCACCCUCUACAACCUCAACGAGCACGUCAGGAAAGCCCACCGGGCCUCGGGGGGCGCCGGCGCCGCAGCCCCCCUGCUGCAGUUCACCAACGUGUCGGCCUUCCACUGCAACUACUGUCCGGACAUGUUCGCCGACAUCAACAGCCUGCAGGAGCACAUCCGCGUGACGCACUGCCUGCCCGGGGGCGUGGUCGCCGGCUCCACCACCCUGGAGGGGAAUCACGCCUUCUUCUGCAACCAGUGUUCCAUGGGGUUCCUCACCGAGUCGUCGCUGACGGAGCACAUCCAGCAGACCCACUGCAGCGCCGCGGGAGGGGGCGUGGCCAAGAUGGAGUCCCCCGUCCUCCAGGCCUCCCAGUCCUACAUGGAGGUGUACUCCUGCCCCUACUGCACCAACUCGCCCAUCUUCGGCUCGCUCCUCAAGCUCACCAAGCACAUCAAGGAGAACCACAAGAACAUCCCGCUGGCCAACAACAAACGUCAGGCCAAAGUGGCAGACCUAAGUCCCGCCUCCUCCGACGUGGAGAUCUCCUCUCCGAAACGCCAUAGGCUGGCGGGUGACUCCACUCCUGCGGGGUCCAAUGGGGAUUACCCCUGUAACCAGUGUGACCUGCGUUUCAGCAGCUUUGAGGGCUUCCAGGCUCACCUCAAGUCACACCUGGAGAUGCUCCUCAGGAGGCAGUCCUGCCCACAGUGCAACAAGGAAGACUUCGACUCCCAGGAGGCCUUGCUCCAGCACCUGACAGUGCACUACACCACCACCUCCACCCAGUAUGUGUGCGAGAGCUGCGACAAACAGUUUUCAUCCGUGGACGACCUUCAGAAGCAUCUCUUGGACAUGCACACCUUUGUACUGUACCAUUGCACCCUCUGCCAGGAGGUGUUUGACUCCAAGGUGUCCAUCCAGGUUCACCUGGCCGUCAAACACAGCAACGAGAAGAAGAUGUUCCGUUGCACCGCCUGUGCCUGGGACUUCAGGAAGGAAGUGGACCUCCAGCUGCACGUCAAACACAGCCACCUGGGCCACAGCCCCGGACCGGCCGGCACGGGCGCCAAGCCCAGGAAGUGCAUUUUCUGCGGGGAGACAUUUGGCACGGAGGUGGAGCUCCAGUGCCACAUCACCACCCACAGCAAGAAGUUCAACUGCCGUUUCUGCGGCAAGGCCUUCCAAACCAUCUCUCUGCUGGAGAGGCACCUGAGGGAGAAGCACUGCGUCUUCGACGGGGCCAACGCCACUGGGAACGGAGGCAGCCAGAACGGGACGCCCAAUGGAGUGGCCCAGAGCUCCAAACGAGGAGGUGGAGGUGGAGCAGGAGGUGGAGCAGGAGGAGGAGGAGGAGGAGGAGGAGGAGGAGGAGGAGGAGGAGGAGGAGGAGGAGGAGGGGCGGAACGUUCAACAGUGGCCGCUGAACAGGCUGACAUCCAGAACAUGAUUCUAAAGGGAGCCGCCGGACAGGACGCAGCCAAUAGCCAUGAGGCUAGCGGAGGGGAGGAGGAGCUCGACACCUCCGAGCCAAUGUACGCGUGUGACAUCUGCGGAGCGGCCUACACCAUGGAGUCCCUCCUCCAGAACCACCGCCUGAGGGACCACAACAUCCGGCCGGGAGACGACGACGCCAGCUCCCGGAAGAAGAAGGCGGACUUCAUCAAGGGCAACCACAAGUGCAACGUCUGCUCCAGGACGUUCUUCUCCGAGGGCGGGCUCCGGGAGCACGCGCAGACCCACCGCGGGCCGGCCAAGCACUACAUGUGUCCCAUCUGCGGGGAGCGCUUCCCCUCGCUGCUCACGCUCACGGAGCACAAGGUCACCCACAGCAAGAGCCUGGACACGGGCACGUGUCGCAUCUGCAAGAUGCCCCUGCAGAGCGAGGAGGAGUUCAUCGAGCACUGUCAGAUGCACCCGGACCUCCGCAACUCGCUGACGGGCUUCCGCUGCGUGGUCUGCAUGCAGACGGUCACCUCCACCCUGGAGCUGAAGAUCCACGGCACGUUCCACAUGCAGAAGCUCUCCUCGUCCUCGGGGCGAGCCGCCGGCGGAGGCGGCGCCGGAGGCGGGUCGGCCUCCUCCUCGCCCAACGGCCAGAUGCAGUCCCACACGCUGUACAAGUGCGCCCUGUGCCUGAAGGAGUUCAAGAACAAGGCGGAGCUGGUGAAGCUGGACGUGAACGGCCUCCCCUACGGCCUGUGUGCCGUCUGCAUGAGCCGGGGGACCAACGGGCAGUCCCCCGGCGGAGGAGGGGGCUCCAGCACUCCCCAGGAUGGGGCCGGGACCGGGGAGAAGACCCCCGUCUCGGGGUUACGCUGCCCGGAAUGUGCGGUGAAGUUUGAGACCCUGGAGGACCUGGAGAGCCACGUUCAGACGGACCACCCGGAGAUGAGCCCGGAAACCAGCGCUGCCAAGAAACUGACGGACGCCUCCGGCCUUCCUAAGAAAAAAACGUACCAGUGCAUCAAAUGCCAGAUGACUUUUGAGACAGAGAGGGAGAUCCAGAUUCACGUCGCCAAUCACAUGAUCGAGGAAGGCAUCAAUCACGAGUGCAAGCUGUGUAACCAGAUGUUUGACUCUCCCGCCAAGCUGCUCUGUCACCUGAUCGAGCACAGCUUCGAGGGCAUGGGCGGCACCUUCAAGUGCCCUGUCUGCUUCACAGUGUUUGUCCAGGCCAAUAAGCUUCAGCAGCACAUCUUUGCGGUGCACGGACAGGAAGACAAGAUCUACGACUGCUCCCAGUGUCCCCAGAAGUUCUUCUUUCAGACAGAGCUGCAGAACCACACACUGAGCCAGCACGCGCAGUGAGACGGGCCGCGGCAGGACUCCCGGCUCAGCCCGGCCCCCCGACCCAGAACCAGCAGGGGACCGUCAUUUCAACAUCACAGCCAAUCAAAGUGUCAUUUGCUAGUCACAUGUAAAACUCUAACGAUGCCGCCACCAGGCGCGGCUAUUACGAGCAGUGGGGAAUGAAUAUUAAUGGGAUAUGCUAUUAAAAAAAAGAGAAAGAGGAAAAAGAAAGAGAUGGAGAGAAAAAGGUAUUGUACGUGCAGUAUUUUUAUUGUCCCUUUGCUUUUCUCCCGGUUGUGCAUUUUUGGGGGGCUUUUGAACAAAGGAAAGGGAAAUUGAUGGAAAGAAUAAAUUACCCCUAUCCCCACUCAGAGUUUAGUCUGUAGAUAAGCUUCACUCGCCCUCGUUAUUGGUUGUUUCUGUAUCAAACUUUCUUGGUGCCAAUAUCCUUUUUAUUUCCUAUUUUUGCAUAUGUUUAUUUUUUUCUCUUUUGGUUUUUGUACCAUUUAUUUCUUGCAGUAAAUAGGUACUUGUGCUGUGUUGUGAUUGUUUGCCAGUCGUAAUAUUUCUGAGUUUUUUUCCUUCUUUUUAUUAUUAUUAUUAUUGUUAUAUAUAUUUCUUUUUUGUAAUUACAAUAAAAAUACAUAAAACAAAAUAAAGUGUAAGAAAAACAAGAUGGUUUUGAUUGGUGUUUCCAGUCUUUUGGCCAGACGGUUAUUGUAAAAAAUGAAUAUCAUCAAUUUCAGUGCAGCUGAAUGAUGUCUGCUUUUUAAAUGUGAAUUAACCAGAUUGCAAUAACUAGUACAGUCAAAAAAACAAAUAAACACAAAUAAAGGGAUUACGUGUGCUGUGUUUUCUUAAUGGAACUGAAACGGUACAGUGCAAUUUCUGGUAAAGUUGUCAUUCAAAGCUGUAUGUAUUCAUCCUCUUACACCACCAUUAAACUAUGAGCUGCAAUCA